AUGGUCAUGGGCCGCGUUCGGGACAGUUGCAAUGUUGUUUGCCUGGCGGAGAAAGACUCCGUGACCCCUUUUGUGGCGUCCGUGAUAGCUUUUGUGGCUAAUGUGCUUGGCGACCUGCUCCUUUGCCCAAAACAUGGUGCCUUUGGAGCUGCUGUUGCCACGGAUGUGGCAACGUCCGUGGCUGCAGGUUUCACUUUGCAAAGCUUGCGGAACUCCGGUCUCUGGCCAAAGAAGUUUCCGUGUCCGGGCAGGAGAGAAAGCAGGCACUUUGCAAAGUAUGCUUUCAACCUCUUUUUAAGCGCGGUGGCGCUCCUGAUGAUCCUGAUCUCAGAGACGCGCCUGGCCUCAAAGAUGGGUACGACCUCCGGCGCCGCGCACCAGAUUCUCGACGCGAUUUGGCGCAUUGCUGGCCUCUCGCUGAGUUUGCCGAUGGAAUGGGCAGGCCAGACCUUUCUGUCCAAAGACCUCACGGGCGCAGAAUGGAGACACAUUGCUUCAGUGAUUUCGGCUGCGUCGAUGUGCUUCUCCAUCCUGAGCGCAGGAUGCGUGCUGGCCUUCCUGCGCUUUCGUGUGGAUAUGUUCACGAAAGAUCCGCUUGUCCAAGCUGACGUUCUUUACAGCACCCCCAGUGUAGCCCUGUGCUCCGGGCUGAUUGUUCUCUCGCAGACCCUGAUGAGCUACCUGAUCAGUCUCGGCAAGGUGCAUUUCAUUCCGAUCACGGGUGGGAUGCUGGUGGUGCUCUUCACAGCCAGCAGCUACGUGCUGUACCUGAACG